AUAAAUUCGGAGCUGCCUUGUCGCGGACGUCUCCGCAUCUGUCAGCGAGUGCCCCAGGCAGUGGGCAACAGGGCGCCUGGGCUGGCGCACUGCUAGCAGCCUUUCCCGGCCCGCCGCGGCGAUCGUGGGGAGAAGCACCACUGACCCGGGCGUGAGGGCUCACGGCUGGGACGCUGAGACGCCGAGCCCAAGUCCCGCACCAACGCCGCCAGCUCGCGGCCCGACGUGGGCGCAGCGCCCCGGGCGCGGAUUUCAUACCUGAUAAAUUGGUCUGAAAUGGCUGGGGUUUUUAUCUGAAUAAGUCCUUGAAGCCAUCUCAGAAGGUCUGCAUCCAGGUGCAUUUGGUAUUAGUGUCUGAGACUAAUUAAACCCCAGGAGAUCAAAAUGAUCCUCAACUCUUCCGCUGAAGAUGGUAUUAAAAGAAUCCAAGAUGACUGUCCCAAAGCUGGAAGGCACAAUUACAUAUUUGUCAUGAUCCCUACUUUAUACAGUAUCAUCUUUGUGGUGGGAAUACUUGGAAACAGCUUGGUGGUUAUUGUCAUUUACUUUUACAUGAAACUGAAGACCGUGGCCAGUAUUUUUCUUUUGAAUUUAGCCCUGGCUGACUUAUGCUUUUUACUGACUUUGCCACUGUGGGCUGUCUACACCGCUAUGGAAUACCACUGGCCCUUUGGCAAUUACCUCUGUAAGAUUGCGUCAGCCAGCGUCAAUUUCAACCUCUACGCCAGUGUGUUUCUGCUCACGUGUCUCAGCAUUGACCGCUACGUGGCCAUCGUUCACCCAAUGAAGUCCCGCCUCCGGCGCACAAUGCUUGUAGCCAAAGUCACCUGCAUCGUUAUUUGGCUUCUGGCUGGCUUGGCCAGUUUACCAACUAUCAUCCAUCGAAACGUAUUUAUCAUCGAGAACACCAACAGCACAGUUUGUGCUUUCCAUUACGAAUUCCAUAAUUCAACCCUUCCCGCUGGGCUGGGCCUAACCAAGAAUAUACUGGGUUUCUUGUUUCCUUUUCUGAUCAUUCUUACAAGUUAUACUCUUAUUUGGAAGACCCUAAAGAAGGCUUAUGAGAUUCAGAAGAACAAGCCAAGAAAUGAUGAUAUUUUCAAGAUAAUUGUGGCAAUUGUGCUUUUCUUUUUCUUUUCCUGGGUUCCCCACCAAAUAUUCACUUUCCUGGAUGUACUGAUUCAGCUGGGCAUCAUACAUGACUGUAAAAUUACAGAUAUUGUUGACACUGCCAUGCCUAUCACUAUUUGCAUAGCUUAUUUUAACAAUUGCCUUAAUCCUCUCUUCUAUGGCUUCCUCGGGAAAAAAUUUAAAAAGUAUUUUCUCCAGCUUCUGAAAUACAUCCCCCCGAAGGCCAAAUCCCACUCGAGCCUAUCAACAAAAAUGAGCACGCUUUCCUACCGCCCCUCCGAUAAUGGAAGCUCAUCCACCAAGAAGCCUGCCCUGUGUGUUGAGGUUGAGUAGCGCAGCUGAAGUCCGUCUGUGAAGUAAUGUUGUCAAAAAAGGAGCAAGAGAAACAUUCCUCUAUAGCAUUUCACUACCAAAUAAGCAUCAGCUACUUUUCAGAAAUUUAAGAAGGGAGUGGACUGCCUGACUGCAUUGACUUCUAAUGCUCUGAACAAAAGCUUCUCUUUUCCUUUGCAACAAAACAAAGCAAAGCAACAUUUUGCCACAUUUUGCAUUAGAUACAUGAUGGUUGCUUAAAGAACAAUGCCAGAAACUGGUCGAAUUUGUUGAUUUGGAAAAUUUUACAGGCAGAAAUGCCAUCUCCCCCAUCCUCUUGUUCUGUUAGUUUUGAUUUCCAUGUAAAGGUAUUUAGAAUAUGUUAAACCUUUAGAGGAACAAGAUAAGAUCAGAGCUCAAAACGAACCCCCAGAGUCCAAAGGGCCUUACAGCGUUUGUGCUUAUUUAGCUAUUAGCAACUGUGGUCCACUUGUACUUGCUACUCCAUAUUUUGUACAAAGACUUGCUAAACAGUGGCUGUCAAGUGUCAGGAACUUGUGCAGUUCAACCAGUGUCUUGUUGGUUCACACUGCCAAAACAUGCCAGCUAAAUGGCUUAUUUGUAUAACGAUGUUUCUAAAGCCAAGUGUUAAAACUAUUUGUACAGGUAUUACUCUGGUCCCAGGUAGUGGUGUCUUCCUAGUCAUAUUAGUUUCAUUUCACAUGUGAAAAGUAUAUAUAUUUGUGGUAAAAAGAUUAUAUGUCAUAAAGUAUGCCUUCGUGUUAUAAAAAGUAUAUAUUCUACCUAUAUAUGUAUAUGUAUAUGUAUAUCUAUAUCUCUAAACUGUUAUUACUUGAUUAAAAUCUGGUAAAGUUAUAUUUACAUUAAAAUAAAAUAAUUUUAUUG